GGUAGAUACCACCGGGCACUACCAAAAGUACGAGGUGGUGGGAACCGGGUGGUGCAGCUGCGGAGGCGACCCGUGCGAGGAUACCUAUGAAACGAGUGCACUACGACUCCCGCUCCCCCUCAAUUGUAUGCCACAAACAGCAACACAAGCGUCGGCACGAGUUCCGGUUUUGCGCGACAAGUUCACCCACAUUUGUAGUUUUGUUUUUUAUUGAGCUGCCGGAACUUGCCCUGCAAUUGCAAAAAGUGUCAAGGAAGAGGCAAGCGUCAAGUCGGAGGUCGAGUUGUGCACUCUUAUAAUGCCCCGGCGUCCCCGACAAACGGCGACUACAUCGCGGGCAACGCGGAUCGCGCGCAAGACUACUGCCAAAGAUUCUGCGACGAGGACCGGGGAUGUCAGGCCUACAUGCAACAGCGUGACAUGCAACAGCGUGACAUGCUUCCAGGAAACUGCCGCUUGUUCGGGUACGAGGACUACGAGGUAGACGGCGUCUAUCCAGGAAAAAGCACCCAUCCCCAUCCAAUUUGUCACGCAAAACAUGCAUAAGGUCGACUGUUUGUCAUGCAAAAAAUGGAUGGGGAUCAUGGGUGUUUUUCCCUGGAUAGCGUCGUCAGCAUCAUCACGCGGGGAGGCCUUGGCUACGGGGUCGGAAAAAUUCCUGCCGGGUGGCGGUCCGGGGUCCCGUGCAUGAAAAAGACGGGACACGCAGCGACCUCGGGGAAGCCGAUCUACACAAAUCAGGGCGACGCCUGGUGCAAGUGCAACUUGAAAAACCACAACCUGAACAAGAACGGGGCCGCAGGAGGCGUCCGCGUCAGUGCGACAAACCUCCCCUGCCCGGUACAAGGGUCCGAGGAGCAGUAUGCAUUGCAAAUAUAGUAUCGCUCUCGUAUAAAUGCGAGUGCAGCUGCAUCAUGAGCAUUACAGAUCUGCUCUCUUACCUAUACCUGUGAAUCUACAUGACAACUUCCAUCUUUCUUAAAGGAAAGAUUUGUCAUGCAAUUCAUUCCACUGCGAUAUCAUAUAUUUGCAAUUCAUAAGCAAGACGGGAAAUUGAUUUUCUCCAGCUAUGACAAAGGUCCCGACUGGUGCAAGACCCUGUGUGACAAGGACAAGGACUGUCGUGCCUACCAGCAGUCUAUGGUGAACGCCGAAACGGCCGCUAACUGCAGGCUCUUCAACGCAGACGAUGUCGAUGGCGGCAUCAACGCUGCCGACGAUCUAUCAAAUGUAAAAAUGUCUGGGUCUGGAAGAUUCUGACACUUGUCAUGCACCUUCUGCAUGAGCCGUGAUGUCUGUGAUGCAUGCCCUAGCAUCACAGAUUUUUUGAGAGCUUCUUGAUGCCUAUUCCGCAUGACAAAUGCCCUUUCCGCGUAGCAAAAAUUGCAUUCUCUUUGGUACUCAUGCAAUACAGAUUUGUUUGGAAUCCAAAUGCAGCAUCACAAAUUGCAUUCUUCCAGACCCAGACAUUUUUACAUUUGAUACGAUCCGGAGUUGUACAACGAUCUGAGCGAGGUGCAGAAGAUAUCGAAGGGAAAAAUCCCCCCUCCCCAUAUCAAAACGAAAUUUCUGAUGCUGGAUCUGUGUGCACAAAUCAGCUUUGUAUUGCAGGAGGGCACUGCGGCCAGAUCCCCAGGCUAUGUAGGGGCGUAUCGGUCUAGUUGAUCAGCAUGGCAAACGGCUGCGCUUUAGGCCCAGCAGCAUGACAAACCGCUUCCCUAAUGGGCGCGAAGCUUUUGCCCUUGUCUUCUUGCAAGACAAAUGUGAUUUGUGACCUCAAAUCACCAAUACAAAUUUUCGGAAACAUGCCUUUUCGAUAUGGGGAGGGGGAGUUUUUCCUUUCAAUAGAAGACGUGGAAUAGUUACGCUUGCAACCGGAAGGUCGAGAGACCGGCGGUGAUUGGGGAGGCAAAGAUCGACUGCACGGGCACGAAAGGGGGCAAAUUUGUGACGAUCCAGCUGCCGCAACCCAUCCUUGCCACGGGGGUGGACGACGCAACCGCGACCACGCGCAGCCUCGAUCUCACCGAAGUAAACAUUUUUGGCCGCGUAUGGGAAUGUCAGGAUUAAAAUCGUCAAAGUUGAAAUAGUUUGUCAUGUAUAAAAUCGAUACGAGUCGGAAUCCCAAUUUUCAAGCAGCGCAUGACAAAUUUCGGCACCGUCUAGAUCCAGUUUGUCAUGCUGUUUAGGGACAGGCGUGGUCUUUUGUCAUGCUACUUUAGCAGCUCUACCGCAGAACCGGGGAGGGGAUCCUUGACCUGUGGCGCCGGGAGCGGGUGUCCACUACAUGAUGAUGAUCCCAAACAGGCUGGCAGUCGGCCUCAGUCACUUACACUUGCCAUUCCUGCAAGAGAGGCAGUUCAUGCCUUGCAAUUUAUGCAUGAGAAAUUCUUUUAACUUUGUCGAUUUCAAUCCUGACGCUUCCAUACCGCGUGGCUGGCGCUGGCGUAACGGCCGCACGAGGUGGUGGACACGGGAACGACAACGAGGACGUCGUGCCCGUUAUUUCGCAGGAGAUUGAUCUGACCCCCACGGUAUCAAAUGUAAAAAUGUCUGGGUCUGGAAGAUUUCUCGAUUUGUCAUGCAUAUUUUCCACUACCCAUGAUGUCUGUGAUGCAUGCCGUAGCAUCACUAAUUUUUAUUUUUCGAGCGCUUUGUGAUGCCUCUACAGCAUAAGAAAUGACCUCUCCGCGUAGCACAAACUGGAGUCCUCUUGCUGGUCAUGCAAUACAAAUUCACCGGUGGAAACGUUACCGUGCUCUUGGAAAUACCGAACUUGACCAGGACAUGCAGCCACUCUAACGGUUCCACUCGGGUCCGACCCCCGUUAGAGCUUGACCCUUUUCCCCCGAGGUCCUACCUGAGGUAGUGGUCGUAAAGGGGAUAUAGUGGUUGAGGGGUAAAUAAGGUCACGCAAUACAAAUUUUCUCAGAAUCCAGAGACAGCAUCACAAGUUUUGAAUGUUCCAGACCCAGACAUUGUUACACUUAAUACACGGGCGACGCCUCGCGGGUUUUGGCCAGCAGCACGACCGAGUACCACCCCCACGUGCCCGCGCUUUCGCAACCCCGCAACGUGAUCGACGGGCUGGCGUUUGUGACCUUUUUCCAAACGCGACCGAUAUGGCGUUCUCAAACGUUACGUUCUCAACUGUCACAUGAAGUUGUAAUGCAAGGAUGGCAACAGUGAAAAGAUGAAAUUGUCAUGCUUGCAGCUCUCGCAUCAACACAAAUUUCGAACGGAUUAUAGUGCUGUUUAGCCCUUCCAGGAUUUGUCAUUCGAAGUAACCUUGGUCGUCUGGCGGCUUAUGGUAAUUAAUUUUGCAUGACAAAUCACGUAACGGUUGAGAGUGUAACGCUUGAGAAUCCCAUAACCGAGCCCCUGUCCCUGGGUGCAGGUCGACAUCAGCGGGCCGCGCAAUCAGCCCCGUAGUGUGACGCGAGUGGUGCUCAUCUCGCAGAUGAAAAACGCGCGCAUACUAUCCUACGUAAAAACAUCCCCACCCCAGAGUUGUCAUGCAGAUUUGCAAGCACAGGAGCAUUUGUAAUGCGCAUCCCCAUGAGAGAGGCACUUCCCAUCGUGUUUUGAAACUUGUAAUGCUGUAAACAGGAUAAGGAGACGGAAGUGCUAUGCGGAUUCCCUUGCUAUGCUGCACUACAGUACAGCCACAGCCCGCAACUUGUCAUGCGUGACCCCCAAAAGUUCUAAGUUUGUGUUGCGAAAUCCCCAUUUUGACUCUGGGGUUGGGACGUUUUUACUCAGGAUACACACGCCAGAUGCUGCUCCCCACCUCGGGAUACGACGAAGACUGGUUCGACACCGCGAACGCGGUGGAGCAAACCAGCUGCAGGCUAUGACACUGCACAACUCCCCCUCCCCCUCAUUUGUCAUGCAAAACACCAAACCCAGGCUGUGGCUCUUGGCGCUGCUUGCAUGACAAACUCCGGAAGUAGCCCAAGCAGUGCUACUUACACUUCUGGGCAAAUUUGUCAUGCAAAACCGGCAUUCUUACUGACGCUUGUAUUUUUGCCGUUCAUGCUACACAAGUGAGGGACGAGGGGGAGUUGUGCACUCUUAUACAGGCAGGCAAGCUGCCAGGAGGACACUGGCGUGGAAGUCUGGGUGCGCAACAGUCCGUUGACAACGGCGAAUCAGGUGAAUGCAAGCCCAAUUCUAUCACAGUGAAAAAUGCCCCCCACCCCUGAACUUGCAAGAAUUUGUGAUGCGAAGUUUCCAAAUGAAAGCUUUUUGUCAUGCAUGAAAGGAGUGCGAAUCUUUCUGAUGCAGAUUCCAGUCGUGUUUCGCAUCGCUUGCGUGACAAGUACCGCUCUUGCUGGGAUCUUUUGCAACACAAAUUUUUGCUAUUCACAAUCGGAAAUCUGUGAUGCUGAUACACGCAAGAGGGCGAAUGUUUCAUUUGGAAAGAUUUGCAAUACAAAUGCUUUCAAGUUCGGGGGUGGGGGCAUUUUUCAUUGUAAUAAAUUCCGGGACAAGAUGAACUACAAGGAAAUACGAACUGCGGGCAGGUAGCGCAAGAGGCGUCGUUGUGCGAGCGGGUACACUUUGGCGACCGAAAACGGUUUCGGUUUCUGGGAAAGGGCGUCGCGGGCUUCGACGACGAGGACCAACACAGUCUCAUGUAUAUGGCGUUCUCAACUGAUUUGUCAUGCAAAAUUUUCAUAAGUCGCCAGAAGAUUAAGGUGCUUCGCAUGACAAUUUUUUCGAAGGGCUACACAGCAUCUAAACGCGUUGCAAAUUUGUGACGCGAGACUCGCAAGCCUGCCCCUUUCCAUAUUGCUGGUCUUGCAUCACAAGGAAUUCGUGUAACCAUUGAGAAUGUAACGCUUGAGAGCGCCACAAUGUACGGCGACAGCGUCGGGGAGCUCACCGUUGAUUGCAAGCGGCACCAGGCGGAAAAGACCCGCGCCGUUGUGGUGGUCCUGCCCCCUGGAGAGCAGGGCGAGGACCGUGUCCUUAGCUUGCUGGAGCUGCAGGUGUUCGGUUUGCACGAGGAUGGGGCGGGCGGGGCGCCGACCCCACCGCAGCCCUCCCCUGGUCCCUCGCCGACCACUGCGGCACCGCCCGCACCGGGCCCGCGUACCACCGUGGAGGGAGUCUAUCUGCUUCCGACGGGGCCAUACAUGCUGCCGAACACACAGGAGUCCGCCCCAACGGACGACGAUCCCUUCGCAAGGUGUCGCGUGGAUCCGCCACAAGACCGCUUCGUGGGACGACACCCCGAAUGCGCGGACCCGCCGCUGGGCAACGCGGCAAAGCACCAGGCCGUCGAAGCCGGCAGGUGGUGGAAGCAGCGUUUUGGGAGCCCGGCGUACAACAGCCGCGACUCGCCACGUUACCCCGCGAACUUGGUGUUUCUCGUGUCGCCGCUGCGCCGCGCCAUGGAGGCGUGCGCGAUGUUUAUCAGAGGCGCUGCGCCCUUUCCCGGCGCGGAAACCGGCACCGCGGUGUCUCUCCUAAUCGAGGAAGGCUACGGAGCGGACCUCGGGAAAAAUCCAUUGGACGAGAUAUCAAACGCAAAUAUGUCUGGGUUUGGAAGAGUGGAAGGCUCGUCAUGCAUAUUUUGAAUGACCCAUGAUGUGGUCUGUGAUGCAUGCCCUAGCAUCACAGAUUUAGCCGAGAGGGCUUUGCGAUGCCUCUACAACCGCAUGAGAUGAAAUGCCCUCUCCGCGUAGCGCAAAUAUACAACUGGUUUCCUCUUGCUGGUCAUGCAUGCGUCCGUAGCCAUUUUGGCUCAAGACUUCUUGUCUUGUGGCCCUUUUCCCACUUUAGAGACGGGGCCGCACCCCCGUGAGAUCAAUUCGUCCGGACUCACCGUGGAGAUCAACCCCCGUGAGAUCCAAGAUCCGUAGAGGCACUCUGUAACAGGCAUCAGGUGCGGCUGGUGAACCUUUUGACUCACACGUAGAUUGUAGAUUGUUUCUCUAAAAGAAAAAUCAAAGCAAAAAAAAUGAGCACACACUUGCCCUCCAUCCGAAGCGCGCACGUGCGCAAUGAAGCUUCGAUGGUCCCAGCGGGCAUAACGCCCGGUCUUACUCGUUACUCCCUUCAUCUGCCCUCACCAGCCGUCCCCGAUGGCGUUCGAUUGUGGGGCCCUUGAUCCCCACGUAGAAGCUCUUCGCGGGUUUCUUCUUGCCGGGUGGAAGACGGUGCGCGUCGGUUUUUUUUUGGCGGUCUGGGAGUUCCGUGUAGGUCUUUGUUCCUAGGGGCGCUUGUCGACGCCCUGCGGCGGAGCGGGCGAUCGGGAGGACUCGACGCUACUUGUGGACGCCAUCUCCGAGCUGUCGAUAGUAGAGGAGUUCUGCCGCACAUCUCCGCGUCACGAGGAUGCCGCGCCCACUAGCGGAUCGCCCUGCUGCGCUGGAGAUCAGGGACUUUUUAUUUAUUGUUUUUCGUUUGUCUCACACUCUCACACACUCGAAUACUUAUGAAAAGAUCAUAGUACCAGACCCAUAUUUCCUUUUUUUCUUCGUUUGAGUUUGUCGCCCCUCCUAAUCCUUUGGUCUGUGUUGUGGCAGCGGAUUGUCCUCUGACCCUUACGUAGCCUUAUGGCAACCCCUUUCCAUAUGAUUGAACUCAGGUUUUGUGUGGUAGCUGCGCUGGCAGCGCGUUUGUGCGGCUCUCUACUCCUGCGAGGUGCGACGUUUUCAAUGCGGCUGGGCUUUGCGGAUCCAAACUGCGCGGAGGUGGUGGUGGCGAUGGCGGGUUGAUUACGGUGCGGGAAUUCGGGUCGCCAGCCCCGGGUCUCACAGAGUACUGAACGGUGCUUACCAGCUGGAUAGACGAGUGAGGGGUGAUUACUCGUAGGGGAGUUGUUUAUGGCUCGCGGUCGUCUUUCUGUCGUCCUGGCGUCGUUCGUGGGGGUGUGGCGCGGGGGUGGAGCGAUCCUCGACGAGCGGUGCGGUUGCGGCUUUGUCGCGUCGAGCGGAGCGGAGCGUCGCUGUGUCUCCUCGGCAUCGUCUCUUCGUGGCCUGUCGUGCGUAGUCCUAGGUGGGGUCCCUAUCCCGGCCAUUGCAAUAGGGCUUUUUGGUGGACUGCUGGAGACCCCAGUCCAGUCGCAUCGCGACGUUAUUUUUCAGCUGCAGGAGACCCCAGCUAUCCCUUUGCUCUGCCCAAGUCCCUCGUCUUUGUCUGUUCGUCGUGUUUUGCCUGGUUUACCGCUGGAAACGAUGCCGUGCUUUUGGAAUUCCGGUUUCGACCAGGACAUGCAGCCACUCUAACGGUUUCACUCGGGUCCGACCCCCGUUAGAGCUUGACCCCAUCCCCCCGAGGUCCUACCUGAGGUAGUGGUCGUAAAGGGGGUAUAGUGGUUGAGGGGUAAAUAAGGUCAUGCAAUACAAUUUUUAGUUUAGAAGCUCCCAGACCCGGACAUAUUAUUUGCAAUCCAUACGAGAGCGACAAUAAGUUCCCCGAAAUUUACCUGGUCCCACAGCUUCGGGAGGUGCCAAACAACGUGGACAACCACGGGACGGCGGUUGCUUUGUAUUAAAAGGAAAAAUUAUCCCCCCUCCCCAUAUCGAAACAAAGUUUCUGAUGCUGGAUUUCCGUACAUAAAUCAGAUUUGUCUUGCUGGAGAGGACUGCAGGCAUAUGCCAAGCCUCAGUCGAGAGCAGGGUUUGACGUAGGCGCCUAGCAUGGCGAAUGUGUAUUCUCUAAGCCCAACAGCAUCACAGACCACCUGGAAAGUGCGGGGCGCUCUCUGGACUUGCCUUCUUGCAAGACAGACAGGAUUUGAGGUCACAAAUGCGCGUCACAAAUUUUCAGACGGUGGAUAUGUUUUCAAUAUGGGUAGGGGGGAUUUUUCCUUACGAUACUUUGUGGGAGAAGUUCAAGGAAGAGGUUAUGAAAGCCUCAGGUUGGAAAUCCUCAAAGUGGAAAUAAUUUGUUAUGCAAAAAAACGACUCCAGUUGAAGCGGCAUUUGUAGUCGGCGCAUGUCAAAUUUCCCGGGCACUUAAAGCACGUCUGUCAUGCAGGUUAACGCAAGGGGGUGCCCUUCUGUCGUGCUACGCAGCGCUCCAAUUCUUCACCCCUAGCAGGACAAUAGUCGGCCUCCAUUGCGUUCUCUGCAAUACAGUCUUUUUUGCGUCGCAUUUCAUGCAUCACAAAUCAUUUCCACUUUGAGCAUUUCCAACCUGAGGCUUGCAUAGAGGUGAUCCGCGUGCAGCUGCUGAACCCGCUACUGAAUGAGGCCAACGGCGGGACGGCGGACCGCCGGAUUUCGGAGUGGUUCGACAAGGUGCAAUUAUUGAAGCGUCAGGUUUGAAAUCGUCAAAGUUGAAAUAGUUUGUCACGCAUGAAACGGAUACCAGUUAGACCUACAGUCUGUAGUCGGCGCAUGACAAAUUUUCCCGGUCCUGGAAGCGGGUCUGUCAUGCGGUUUAGGGCAAAAGGGCUGCCUUCUGUCAUGCUAGUCAGCAGUCCAACUUUUACCAGGACUAUAAUCUGCUUCCCAUGCGUCCUCUGCAAUAGAGUCACUUCUUGUAUCGCAUUUUAUGCAUGACAAACAAGGUCCGAGCACGGGGACAGAGUCCCCGUGCGGCGACCUUCCGGCAUUUGUCUGGGACGAGUUCGGGGGUUGUCGUGGUGGCGCACAGGGCGGGCAGGCCCCUGCAGCUCGGUGCCUCUGUGUGUCCUGCGCUCCCUGAUCCGCGACAGACCUACGGACGGAGCCCCUCUGCUUGCCCACACUAGAUCCGCUGGCCCACCGCGAACAGUGAAACAAAGAGAAAAGAAAGGAAGAAGCUGGCGCCGGGCCGGGUGCCGAUAGCGCCGGCGCCGCGUCUGUAGCUGGCCCCUAGGUCAUGACGCGGGGACCGAGUCCCCGCGCUGACCUAGGGCUUCUGCCCCUGGGCCGUGCGGUUAGUUUCCGGGAAGCGCCCGCAGCAGCUGGCCCCUAGGUCAUGACGCGGGGACCGAGUCCCCGCGCUGACCUAGGGCUUUUGCCCCUGGGCCGUGCGAUUUAUUAGCUUCCGGGAAACGCCCAAAGCUGGCCCCUAGGUCAUGACGCGGGGACCGAGUCCCCGCGCUGACCUAGGGCUUCUGCCCCUGGGCCAUGCGGUUAGUUUCCGGGAAGCGCCAAAAGCUGGCCCCUAGGUCAUGACGCGGGGACCGAGUCCCCGCGCUGCCCUAGGGCUUUUGCCCGUGGGCCGUGUGGUUAGUUUCCGGGAAAGAAGCGCCCGCAGCAGCUGGCCCCUAGGUCAUGACGCGGGGACCGAGUCCCCGCGCUGACCUAGGGCUUUUGCCCCUGGGCCGUGCGGUUAGAUAGUUUCCGGGAAACAAACGCCCAAAGCUGGCCCCUAGGUCAUGACGCGGGGACCGAGUCCCCGCGCUGACCUGUGCUCUCGCCCCUGGGCCGUGCGGUUAGUUUCCGGGAAACGCCCGAAGCUGGCCCCUAGGUCAUGACGCGGGGACCGAGUCCCCGCGCUGACCUAGGGCUUUUGCCCCUGGGCCGUGCGAGAAGCCCGCUCACUCCGGACACUUGAGCCCGCUCUGGAUAUUUAUUCGAUUCGGAUCCAGGUAUGUUUUCUGCUCUGGAUACUCAGGCUCUCUGCCCCCUGCUCUGAAUGUGGUAGCCGAGGGCGCGCCGGGGGUUUGUCUGGGGUGUGUCGGGGGUGUGAGACGGGGGUCCCUGGGGUGUGACGGGGGGGUGUGUCGGGGGUGUGUCUGGGGUGUGUCCGGGGUGUGUUCGGGGUGUGUGUUGCAAAUUGCAAAUCACGACGCUACGCAGCCACAUUGCAUACCCCAGAACACACCCCAAAGCUUCAGCAGUUCUUGUCGGGGGGGGUGUGUCGGGGGUCUGUCUGGGGUGUGUUCGGGGUGUGGCCUGCAAAUUACAAAUCACGAUGCUACGGACCCACUUUGCAUACCCCAGAACACACCCAAAAGCUUCAAAAGUUCUGGUUUGCUGCAGUUUAAAUAGUAAUUGUUUCAACUUUGACGAUUUCAAUCCUGACACUCCCAUAGCAAUUCGGUAGAGAUUAUUGGGACCGGACGCGGGGCCGCGCACCCUCCUCCUACUACAAAGGGGACAUCGGUAGCAGGAGGACCUCCUUCGAGCAUUGGUACCGGGCCCUGGUCUAUCAAAUGCAAAUAUGUCUGGGUCUGGAAGGAUGCGAACUUGUCAUGCGUGUUGCGGAGCAUACAAAAACCUGUAUUGCAUGGCUUGCAAUAUCAAUAAAAGCCGUCCCCAUAAUUUCUGGCCAGGCUGAGAGGGCAUUUCUCAUGCAGCAGCAUAGGCGUCACCAGGGGGCUGCAGAACCUGUGCAGAUUCUAUGCCCUGCAUUCCAGCCUUGGUGGAGCUUGGAAAAACUGCAUGACAAAUCUCGGUGGAAUCUUCCAGACCCAGACAUAUUUGCGAUCCAUAUGGUCGAGCUUGGGUUCGACGCGUCGGCGACCCAGGUCGUGCCCGUAUCCUGUGCAAAAGUAUCGUAUUCGUAUAAAUGCAAGUCUUGCAUUACAAAUCUUUCUUUUAAGGUAAAGCCGCAUUACAAAUUUUAUCUCUCAUGCUGAGGCCUGAGGAAGUUUGUGAUGCAUUUAUACGAGUACGAUACUCUUGCAGUUCAUAGCCCGACCUAACGGGCAAAGUCGUGGUGUUGGUUACCGGUGUGGAGCUACUCGAUCAGUACUUCUACUUGUACAAGGAGGAUAGGACUACUCUCAUUAACCCACAAGCGCUGAAGGAUCCAGAGCAAAAAGUCACCACGAUGUUUGAGGUUGAAGAUAUUGCUACCUGCCUGGCGGGGAAAAUAAAGUCCAGCGCAACUGUCUCCGCAACGACCUCGUCCAGCACCGGAGCGCAGGCAGGCGGUACUAGCAGUACCACGUCAAAUGCGUGGCCUGCUCCUCCUGUCGCAGGAUCAAUAGACGAAUGCGGGCGGAAGGCGAAUGCGCUCUGGAGCCUCACAGCUGGCCGCUUGAACAUUGACUGCGAACUGGAGGCGAACUGGAUAUCGAUAGGGGCGAAGGAAACCGGAGCUGCACGCGGGGAGCAAGGCAAUGAAAACGUCGAAGUGAUUUGGUCUGAAAACCAAGAAAACGUCGAAAUGAUCUGGUCUGAGUGCAGUACGACCUGCGGGCCCGGGGUGAGGUUUCGGAAGAAGUUUGUGCUUACCGUAUCGUAAGGAAAAAUCCCCCCUCCCCAUAUCGAAAAGGCACGCCCCAGAAAAUUUGUCAUGCUGAUUUGUGGCCUCAAAUGAUCGUCUCUGUCUUGCAAGAACGCAACCGCGCAGGCUCUGCCGCACUCUGUUGGCGGUUUGUGAUGCUGUUGGCCCUACAGACUACACUUUUGCCAUGCUCAGCGCCUAGCUCAAAGCUUCCCAGUUCGGGCUUAGUAUAAGCCUGCCGUCCUCUCCAGCAAGACAGAUCUGAUUUGUGUACGCAGAUCCAGCAUCAGAGACUUCGUUUUGAUAUGGGGAGGGGGGAUUUUCCCUUUUGAUAUACCGAGCCCGUAGGUCGUGACGGCGCGCUGUGCGAGACGCUGCCCGAGGCUAAAGUGGGCGGGGAGGUGAUAGCGGUGGAGUUUCCGCAGGAGCUUCACCCGGUGACCAAAAAGAAAACCCGGGUGCUAAAGCAGUACCAUGGCUGCAACCUGAUGUCGUGCAACGUCGAUUGCGUCCUGGAGGAGAGCUGGCAGUUGGACGACGCCGAAUGUCCGUAUCAAAUGUAAAAAUGUCUGGGUCUGGAAGAAUGCUAGACUUGUCAUGCAUAUUUUGCAUGACCCAUAAUGCCUGUAAUGCAUGCCCUAGCAUCCCGGAUUUCUAGAGGGCUUACUCAUGCCUAUUUCGCAUGAGAAAUGCCCUCUCCGCGUAGCACAAACUGGAGUCCUCUUUCUGGUCAUGCAAUACAAUUUUUUUUUGAAUCCAGAGGCAGCAUCAAAAGUUUAGAAUCUUCCAGACCCAGACACUUUUGCAUUUGAUAGUCCGUGCAUGAGCGCGAAUCCGCAGAAAGACCAAUGGAAGCUGAUAAAAACUCCGCCGGCUGGCACGGGGAAACCCUGCAGCCAGCUCGCUGGGGUGGCGCGCGUCGAUUUUGAUGCAAAUCCGCCACGAGCGUACGGGGCGCCUGUGGAUUGCGUCUGCGACUGCCUGCUGGAGGACGGGGACUGGAAGGAAGGUGCCUGUGACUGCGCCACCCCCACCGCGCAGCAGCGCAUGUGGAAGAGGGUGCGACACUUCGAAGCCCAUGGGGGUAAGACGUGCGAUAUCACACAGAAAAAAGCUAGGCUGGUAAUUAAGUAUCUGUAAUGCGAAAAUAAAUUAAUACUAAUACACAAAAAAGUCUAUAUUUUUACGAAUCCUAAACAGCACGCUAUGGGACUGCCCAUAACUGGUUUUUGCUGUGUAUUUGUUUUUGCAUUACAGAUUAUAUGCCCAAACUGCAUUUUUCUCUGGGAUAUGCGACGAGGUUUACCACCCAACUGAUGCCGAUUACCCACGCUACCACUACGUGGCAACAUGGAACCAGGACGACCCCAUGAUAGCAUACAGCCAUAAAGUGCAGUGCUCCCCCGAUGCCGUUUAACGUAUGAAAAAACUGUCUCAGUCUCUUCAAAGAACCUCCUUUGCAGUUUGAGCAAUCGAAAUCUGCGAGGCAAGAAACAGAAAAUCAGAUCUGUGAUUCGUUCUUCAGACAAAAGGGAGCGAACAUGUGAAUAAACACGCCUUCCUUUUUACAUCUCAAGCAUGGCAAAAAACUGUCUCAACGAACAAGGAAGUUGCGCAUUUUUACAAGUUGAGACUGAGACACCACUUUUUUCACACGAUACCGGCCAGGCCUGCGAAGAUGUCGUGUUCGACGUUCCGUGCCACUGCCGGAGAGGGGAUAAGGAUAUCAAGUGCAAAUAUGUCUGGGUCUGGAAGGAUUGGAUGCUGCAGAGGCUUGCGAUGCAGCUUUCGCAUGACCCAGAAGGUCUUUCUUCAUGCAAGCCCUAGCAUGAUCGCAGCAGUUUUAUUUGAGAAGGCUCUUGAUCAAUGACAAUGCCUGAUCCGCACGACAAAGCCGUGCUUUUGGUGGCCAGAAAUCUUCAAUGGGUAGAAGGUCGCUCUGUAGUCCGUGCACGUCGGAUCUGUUUUGUGUGGCUAACAUCUGAAAUUUUUAUGCGCUUCAGAAGUUUCGUGCGCGUUUCCAGACCCAGACUGACAGAUUCGCAAUGCACAGCUGACCUCACGCUGCAAACGGCGCCGCCGGCGCCGUCAGCAGCGUUUUCCGACGUCGUCAGCACCGUUAACGCGGACAAUAUCCUGAGUAAAAGCGUCCCCAACCAGAGUCAAGAUGGGAACUCUGCUAGACAAAUCGGCCAACUGCAACUUUGGGUGUUUCGCAUGACAGUUUUGCCCUCGUAGUGCAAUCCUGUUUAGCUAGUUCAGCAGCGUCACAGAUCUAGCACGUCAUGCGUAUUUAGAGCAUCACAAAUGAUCCCACAACGCGACUAGAAAAUGGGGCCUCGCGCGAGAAAGUUUUUUGGCAUGCAGAUUUGCAUGACAACUCAUGGUGUCCGCCUGACCUUCCCAGCACCCUCCCUGCACCACAGCCAUCUGUGGCUGUUUGCACAGGGGGAGGCAACGUGUGUCGCACUUCUGUUUAGCAUGACAACUGCUCUGGGGUGGGGGUGGUUUUACUCAGAAUAGACAACCAAAUCGAGUUAUCCGAGUUCCAGAAGCCGCAAUUCUAUGGUGCUAAUGACUUGACCAAUACUCUUUUCAUGUGCAUCGACCGGGACGGGAGUGGGUUCCUGUCGGAAACUGAAUACAACACGUGGCACAACAAGCCAAACAGCAUCUGUCGAGUGGACUGCCAGCUAGCCUUCGCCUGGACUGACGACGGGUGCGCAUGUAUCCAAAAAAGCGUCCCCAUACCACAGUUGUCCUGCAGAAUUGCAUCAACAGGGAGAAGAUCUGUGUUUGUCAUGCGGAUUUAACAUGAGACGCAUUUUCAGUCGUGCCUCUGAAUUUGUGAUGCUGGAAACAGGAUAAGCAGAUGGAGUUGUGAUGCGGUCGCCCUUGCUAACCUGCACUACAAUACGGAGACAAUAAACUUGUCAUGCGUGACUCCCAAAAGAACCCCUGAGUUUGUGUUGCAGAGUUCCCAACUUGACUAUGGGGUGGGGACGUCUUUGCACAGGAUAGCCUGUGAGCACGACAAGAUGCGACAGCGCAAGAGCAUUGUCAAGCAGGCCGCGCUAUGUACUGCAAAUAUGUCUGGGUCUGGAAGAAUGUAACUUGUGACGGUGCUGCAUUUGGAUACUACAAAAAUCUGUAUUGCAUGAACAGCAAAAGAACUCCAUUUUUUGCCACGGCGAGAGGGCAUUUGAUUUCUCAUGCGGUAUGGGCAUCAGGAAGCCCUCACAAAUACAAAAUCUGUGAUGCUACUAGGGCAUCAACAUGCAUCACAGAUGACGUUCCGAGUCAUGUAAAAUGUGCUGCGUGGCAGACCUUGCAUCCUUCCAGACCCAGACAUAUUCGCACAUGAUACGCGCGCGAGGGCAAAAGUUGUCAGUCGGUGCUCGAGGAAGGUGGCGCCCAGGACCGUACUAACACCGCGGUCCUGAUGCCUAACAGCGACCAACCACAGUACGUGAUAUCCUGUGCAAAAGUAUCGUAUUCGUAUUGCAGUCAUGCAUUGCAAAUCUUUAUCUUUUUCUUAUAGUUAAAUCAGCACUACAAAUUUUAUUUCUCGUCAUGCUGAGCAUUAUAUACGAAUACGAGUGCGAUGCUUUUGCAUUUCAUACAUGAUGAGGUUCGUCGAAAAUGAUCAAUGCAGAGAGGAUUGCACGUGCGAGCUUGGCACAGAGGUACAACACACCCCCUGUCCCUGUGAGAAAAGGAAAACGUGGAAGAUGAUUGCGCGGUUCGAGAAUCCGAAUCUUCCGGGCGCCACACGGUGCAACCAGAUGCCUGGCAUCGCCUACACAGAUCCACGAAGCACCCCGAUCGGCACAGCCAAGGCGUACCUCGGAGGGCCCCUAUGCAUUGCAAAAGUUGUUGUAUCCGAUCAUACUAGUUGUAGUACGAACUGCAACAUAUACAAAUUAGUUCAGCGUGAGAAAUGGCAUUCGUUAUGCAAAUGCUGGCUCACUUGUCUUAGUUGUAAAGAAGAUUUGUCACACGUAUCUACAAUUAGUACGUGUACCAUUAUAUUUUUGCAAUGCAUAUCCACUGCCUGACUGCAACUGCCCUGUGGACUGUGCUUGGAACGCUUGUAUGCAUGGCAAAUAUGUCUGGGUCUGGAAGAUUGCAAGUUGUCAUGCUAAAUCUGAAUCAUGCAAAAAUCAGAUUUUUAAAAUCUGUGUUGGAUGGUUAGCAAAAGCCGUCCGCUUUUGACCAAGUUUAAAGGGAAUUAAUAUUUACAUUGCUUGACUUCCGGGUUCUGGUACAGCAUACCCCCGGCGACAGGUGACCUUGACAGGUGACCUCGACAGGUGGCCUUGACAGGUGACCUCGACAGGUGACCUUGACAGGUGACCGCGACGGGUGAACGCCCUGCCUUCCCCCGCUAGUGCUUCGCGCACUAAGCCACUAUGCGCGCGCCUGGUGUGAGGCGAGGGGCGGACGCUGUCCGCCCCGAUGCCGAACACCUUUCCCCCACUAGCGCCACGAGGGACGGGCACAAGGCCCCAGCGUGGGGACCCUGUCCCCACGCUCGAGUGGGCCUUGUUUCUCAUGCAGGAUAAGCAUGGUAAAGAUCUCACAGAAAUAAUUGGCAUGCUGGGUCCUGGAUGCCACCAGACCUCAUCGGUCAUGGAAAACCUGCGUGAAACCUCUUGCAAUCUUCCAGACCCAGACUACAUGUUUGCAUUUGAUAGCUUGGUUGCCGUGGUCCUAUCAAGAACGAACAAAUGUGUAGUCUGGGUCUGGAAGAAUGCCGAUUGCAUUUGUUUUUGUGAUGCGGGUGCGGCCAAGCCUUGGAAUGUUCAUAUUUUUGCGGGGGUCAGCAUCACAGAUCUUCCUGGCGAGGCUCUGGCUCUGCAAGAAUCCCUGUCUUGCAUGAGAAAUCCACACUCUGUGACUACGUCACAGGAACUUGGAAUUAUGUUUCGCUACUUUGACAAGACGGAUUUUACUAUUUCGACCGGUAUACUUAGAUGAAAGUUGCAUUUUAAUUUUUGAUCCAGGUGUCCCAGGACCAGGAGUAUACUAAUUUGUACUGCAUAGGUCCGUUUGCACUGCAUCCUGCGGCGCCGCGACACAGUCACGCACACGAACAAAAAGCGUCGUCGAACAGAAUCAGGGGCGAUGUCCAGGAAAUACCGAGGGCCGUUGGGUAUCAAAUGUAAAAGUGUCUGGGUCUGGAAGAUUGCCAGGUUUGUCAUGCACAUUUUGCAUGACUUUGACUCCUGAUGUCUGUGAUGCAUGCCCUAGCAUCACUGAUUUUGUGAGGGCUUCCUGAUGCCUAUACCGCAUGACAAAUGCUCUUUCCGUGUAGCAAAACUUGGAGUCUCUUUGCUGAUCGUGCAAUACUUACAGACUUUUUUAGAAUCCAAAACCAGCAUGGCAAGUUGGAUUCUUCCAGACCCAGACACUUUUACAGUUGAUAUUGGGAUCCGACGAACAACUGGCAGGUGUAUGGGGUUCUCAAGCGUUUUACUCUCACUUGUUACGUGAAUUGUCAUGCAAAAACGCUAUCACUCUUCGCAUGAUCAAGCCUUCUUCGCAUAUUUUUAUUUUUUGGAGCGGGGCAUAUUAUUUUUUCUUGCUUUGCUUAGAGUUCGGAUGCGUCGUCCCGACUUCGGAUGAGAAAAGGUCGUGUGGCGUACUAUGUAUGGGCUUAGAGCCAGCGCAGCUGAAGCCCUACUGCGCUGGACUUCCGGUUGGCCACGACUGGACUGUCCUUCAUCUGGUAACCAAAGCGUGCGCAAGCGCUCGCAAAGCGCUCUUUGCGAGAUGCUCAUCCAUCGCAAACGCAGCGCGAAGGCUUUGCCGUUGCCAUAUGGGAGGGACUCGGGAGUAUGCAACCACUCGCAAAGUCGGGCAUUUCCAAGUGUGUUCUGCCUUCAGAAAGCGGAUCGGGCAGAAUUUGUGGGAAUUUUACCGAAAGCAGCCAAAACAGCAAUUACCAAGCGGGGAGAGGGUAAAAAAGACCAGUUUUGCAGCUCCGCCCGGUCUGAAUCUGAAAAAAGAUUGUGGCAUUUUCGGCAAAAGCUGGUGGUGUGAUGCGUUUUAUAGCGGAAAAUGCGUCACUUCCGGGCAGCUCCAGCCGCUUGCAAAUUGAAAAAAGCGUUGAAAAAAUGUAAUUUUUCGCAGCAUACAAGCGGCCGACAAAAUUUACCGAUUUUCUGCAGUCCCCGGAAGCCGCUUGGAAAUUGAAAAUGACAAUUUUUGCUGAAAAAGCAAAAGCCGCUUAGAAAUUACCGCUCCAAGACGGUUUUUCAAAUUGUCACACGGCCCACACCGUCGAGAUUGGACGAAAAAAAACAGCUUUUAAGCCUGCGGAGGUGUGUCACACGGGCACGGUUUUCGUCAUCUCUGAGGGUCGCGAAAUGAGAUCUCCUCCCGCUUGAAAAUGCCCGAUCUGGGUGGCCCAAAAGGGCAGCAGGAAAUGAAGAAAAUUGCAUCACUUUUUGAAAUUUGUGUAUUUUACCUGGCCAUCGUGCCCCCGUGCGUAACGUCAUGUGGGGCGGUAUAGUGGCCUCCAGAACAUACUUUUUUUUUGAAGAGGCAUCGAAAGGAUGUCCCGCUGCGAAGUAGCCGGAUUUCGCCUUCAAUGCUUAUCGCAGGAGCCUGCGGGCCGCCGCGGGCUCCACCACUUCCCCGCUCCACCACUUCCGGUUGGCCACGACUGGACUGUCCUUCAUAGGCCGCCGAGAGAGUCGCUCGCCUCGCUCGAUUUUUUUUUGCUUCAUCCUUCUCUUUUUGCUUUCCUGCGUUUCAAAAAAACUAUGCAUGUAGGGAUCGCACUUGACAAGAUGGGCGUCCGUCGCGGCGGGAUCUCAUCUCAGGGUUUGGUUUAAGUUUCAGGGGUUAAUAGGGUUCUCCAAUUACCCCGCUCCAACAACUUUUCGACGCACUAAAUAGCACUAGAAUCCGUCCCAAAUCUGUAACGCAAAAGGCGUAGUCUCUCUGUCUCUCCUUUCACUUUUGCCAUGCUUGCCUUACAAAUUCAUGUAACAGUUGAGGGUGUAACGUUUGAGAAUCCCAUAAGGUGCAGACUCAAGAUUUUAGACAAGGAAAAUUCCAGAAGUACAUCAAAAAUCGAGCACCAUGUCCUGUGGAUUGCUCUGGAAGAUGGGAAAGAUAGUACCUCCCUGUUCUCAUAUUGGCCCGGCCCGGGCUGCGGUCCCUAUCAAAUGUAAAAAUGUCUGGGUCUGGAAGAGUGCCAGACUUGUCAUGCAGAUUUUGCAUGAAAUAUGACGUCUGUAAUGCAUAACCUGGCAUCACAGAUUUUUAGCGGGCUGUCUGAUGCGUAUCCCGCAUGAGAAAUACCCUCUCCAUGUAGCUGCACAAACUGGACCCCUCUUGCUUGUCAUGCAAUACAGAUUUUUUUAGAAUGCAGAGACAGCAUCACAAGUUGCAACCUUCCAGACCCAGACAUUUUUGCAGUUCAUAGUCCCCUUUUCUUCACCAUAUCCUCUGCGUCGCCUUUCCAUCUGGAGAUCUAUGCACUGCAAAAACAAAAUUACUCUUUCUGGGGUCGUUCUUGUUGCGCAGAGCGUGAGCGCAUGACAGUUCUUGACAGCUCCCUCUACUUGCAAUGCUAAUCAUGCUAGAGUUCCUGUAGUAAGGCUGCAAUAAAACCGAAAUCUUCACCAUGUUUUUGCGAUGGAUAUGUCCUUCAUGAAGGCGAACCCAAAACCGCUGCAUGACUCGUUGAUGCCACGCGUCCCGGCUGGUGGAGUAGAUUUUGUUACACGUCGAAAAACAUGCGGCCACGCAACACAAAUUCUAUCUUCAAUGCGAAUUAUGCAUGACAAAACUUCAAAAAGCAGCAUUAUACUCUUCUUUCCCGGAUCCGCCCAUGUUGAGACCUUGUCGUAUUUCCCUGGUGCUUAUGAAAGUGCCUAACAACUCCCUCUCGCCCUCAUGAUUUGCAUUGCAUGAACAGCAAGACAAGACGGGGCUUUCUCAUCAAAAAUCGAGCACCAUGUCCUGUGGAUUGCUCGGGUCAUGGGGUGACGGGACAGGCGGUUGGCUCGGGUAGGCUUCAUCUAAGUGGCGGCUUUGUUCAGUGGGUCCCACACAACCGGAAACGCCGCCGGCUUCGGCGUUCGUCUUCCAUCACCACGCAGAGCAACACCACGACAAUAAGUACUCCAAGCAUUCUGCGGCCAGGUCUUUCCGGAUCCAAUGAGCAAUGGCCGUCUCUUGGAAAGUCGCGCCGCGGGGGCAAUCCAAGGGCCCCCCUUUUGCCUAAGAAAAAGCACUCCCCUUGGCGUUCCUUCCCCCGACCUAAAAUGGCCGAUUUCGGAAUCAAAAAAAGUACCCCCCUCAGGCACCCCCCUGGAGGGAGGCCCCUGGGUGCCGCCUGUCGCCUUUAUAGAGUUUGGGCCGGCCUCGUUUGUAAACGAGCCCCCGAGCCAGUUGCGCCAAAGGCGAAACACUUUUGCGGCAGAUGCGCGCUUGCCCUUUCUACUCGAGAAGGAGUCGCGGCUGGUCCGGGCCGAUAGGCCUGCAGAAACAAAUGGGGCGGGCCGCUACUAGCACUUCUAGCCGCAACGCAGACAAAUCAUCUCGCCCCGCCGCCACGACCCCGCGUCAGGGGGGUGCUCGAUUUUUGAUGUACUUCUGGAAUUUUCCUUGUCUAAAGAUUGCCACCUCUCGCCAUGUCCUGUGAAUUGCAUCUGGGGGCCGUGGGGCGGCUGGAUAUGGAUUCUUGCAAAAAUGUCUGGUUCUGAAAGAAUGCAACGUCUCAUGUGAAGAUGCACAAUUUGCAUGACGCAUGAUGUCAUCUGUGAUGCAUGCACUAGCAUCAAAGAUGUGAUGAUUCUGCGAGGGUGGUCUCCUGAAGAUGCCCAUCUCGCAUGAGAAAUAAUGCCCACUCACCGUAGCAAAAACUGGACUCCUUUAUUUGCUGUUCAACUUCAGGCAAUGCAUAUAGUACACGAUAUUUUUGAUAUUUACGUAGGGUCACUUCCAAAGGGAGAAGGUAGCAAGCAUCACAAGUUGCAUCCUUUCCCUGCCGGACCCAGACACGUUUGCAUUUGAUCGUGGAGUGCGUGCAGCAAGUCUUGUGUUACGCCAUGUGAUCCCGAUAAGGGGACAAUCACAGGCUACCGACAAAAAACGCGUUGGGAACAAUUCGGGGGGGUGUGCCCCGGCAGUGAAUCGCUAACCACCGGUUGCGUUCCAGAGCCGCCACCCUGUCCCGUGCCCGUGGAUUGCGUAUGGGGCCCGUGGGGUCCGUAUCAAUCGUAAAAAGCUGCUGUCGUAUAUCAACUGCAAAAAUAUCUGGGUCUGAGAAGUGUAAUAAUUCAACUUGUCAUGCAGAUUUUCCAUGACAGACCCAUGAGGUCUGGAAUGCAGGGCUUAGCAUGACAGACUCGGCGAGGUCCUCUCUGCCAUGCCUGUCCUGCGUAAGAAACUCCCUUCCAACUUGGUCAAAAGUGGACGGCUUUUGGCACUCAUACAACACAGAUUUUUGCAUGCUUCAGAUUUGCCAUGACAAGUUACCACCUUUCAGACAUCCAGGAAUAGUUAUUUGCAAUUGAUACUGUGCUGUAAGCUUACGACACAGAUGAAUGCGCGCGAGCACUAUUCUGAGUAAAAACGCCCCCACCCCAAGUUUCUCUGUGCUUUAUUUUGGUCUCUUCCAGUACAUAAACACCCCAGAGCUGUGCUUUAUUUUAGUCUCUUCCAGUACAUAUACACCCCAGAGUUGUGGUUGAAUUUCGUGGUCUUUUCCAGUACAUAAACACCCCAGAGUUGUCAUGCACAUCUACACGCCAAAAAAGUUUCUCAUGCGGAGCCCCAUAAGAAACAUUUUCUAGUCGUGUUUGGGGAUUUGUAAUGCUAGAACCAGCAUGAUAUGCUAGAUCGGUGGUGCUGCUGAACUAGCUAAACAGGACCACACUACGAGGACAAACUUAUCAUGCGAAACAACCAAAGCUGGCUGAUUUGUCCAGCAGAUUUCCCAUCUUGUCUCUGGUGUGGGGACGUUUUUGCUCAGGAUAGAAUAUGCGCGAAGACCGAAUCGGUUGUCUUGCAUGUGUAGAACUGCGACCGCGGGGACCACUAUGGUAGCUGCACGAAGCCUGGCAAGUUCCCAUCUGCUUUGUCGCGGCAGUGUAGAAGAGCAAACUAUUGGAGAUGAAAAACACGCAAAGUUCCUGCUCACAAUAAAAUCAGCGUUACAUACAACUUCCAGUGGAGCGCUUUUUUCGUGCGAUUCCCCAUGGAGUGCUUGCGGGGGCGCGUCUUGCGGUAUGCAUUGCAAAUAUAACGUAGAAGUACUGUAGUCUGGUGGGUCUGAAGUUGUGACGCAGCAACAUGCUUACUUGAUGGACAAAGAGACAAUCUGGGGUGCGUGAGCAGUCUGCUGCUUUAUCGUGCUGGAUGAUGGACGCACUUUCUUGUCAUGCGCCACUGCGACAGAGUUCGGAAGAAGCCGAGGUGAGAAGCUUCGCAUCUUGCUGUGAUACCGUGCAGUAGCCUUUUUUGGCUGGUGCCUCAGUACAACCGGCUCAGACGGGCUCCUGGUGCUGGGGUCGGGCCCUCAUCUGGAGCGGAGACGCUGUUCUUGAACAAUAGGUGUAGGACAUCCCCGUUUGUUCGGAGGGGGCCGCGGCCAGGUGAAUAGUCUUUGCACCCCAGUUUGGCUCUGGGCCUCCAGUUAUGCCGCAGCGCUGUCGUUUUAGAUGGUGCAGCGGAGGCCACGACCUAGUAUGCUUGUACCACGCACCUCAAGUAAGAGGAACGCGCUGCAAAAUUAAGAUGAGCGCGCCCGCGCGCUCUCGUCGUUUUAUUCCCUUCUGCGACUUCUGCCGCGUACAUUUUUUGCCGAUGCAUGGCUCCGGAACCGCAUACUAGAAGUUUGCGUCUUGCGCGCCACCGCUUCCGUGGCUUGUUUCCAGCUUCUGCCUGCACUCAUGCGCUUGGCUGUGCCCGCUUUUUUGGCGGGCCAUUCUUGUUCUGAUGCCGGUCCCUUCUCGUGAAUCACGAAGCAAUCUCGAUUCGAGUCGCAUUUUGCAAAGAUCAGCGCGACACGUCGUCUGUAUCUACUUGCCAGAAGACCCAGGAGAUCUACUUUAAUAUUUGCAUUUGAUAUAAUGACAGUGGGGCAGUCACACGCGCACACGUCCAAAAUGGACAGUUGAGGUUAAUGGUGGGGUCUUAUCCACCUGUGCAAAAACGUACAACCGGCUCCAGUCCCAGACGGAUUUGUCAUCCAAAAUAAUCUAACCAGCAUCCAUGCCUGAAUUCAUCUUCAAAUGUGUCUGAUGCGCAGCCCCAUGCGAAGCUGCACCUUCUAAUGCUAAUAUCUGGAAGCGUUAUAAUUUCAAUUUCAUGCUAGAAAAAAUGAUGACGGACGAGCUAGUAAUCAAUGCUGGAUUCGCAGCUACGUGGCUCCUCUGACACCACUAGCGAAACACGACUCCCCCGCAACGAGCCCAAAAAAGAAAAAGGUGUCAUCUUCAUGCGCAACAGCCAUAAGCUUGUUGAUUUGUCGUGUGCUGCUGGCGGCAGAAUGAGUUCCCAUGAUCUUGACUCUGGGGUUUGGGCCGCGUUUUUGCAAAGGAUAACUCUGCUGGGGAGGUCCCUCUGAAACUCAAGGUUGCCAGAUGCCUGCGUGUUACUGCCAGCCAGGAUGUGCGUGCGGGCCACAUCAGAACUGUAACGGCGGCAAUUGUUGCUCUGGCGGGAUAAGCGACUGGACCUGCUUCAGGAAAGAUAACGGGUGGUCAGAGUGUUACGCUGAUGAAAAUAACCCAGGGUGUCACAAUGGGAUGCACGGUCCCUGGGCGGGAGGCUGGUGGGAGUGCAAAAACAUGAAAAAUGGUCGGAUUCAUUACGCGAGGUAAAAAAGUCUUCUUCAAAUAAUCCAGCUAAAAAAUCAGCCGGAAUGCUGAUAUUUUGGUGUUGUGGUGUGGUCCCGUAUCAAUGAGCGGUACGAGAUUGUGCCAAGAUUGCGUAAAAAGUAAUUAAUAUGUUGGAGGCGAAACAAGAUUACUUACGUAGACUGAGGAGAGAGCGACGGCCGCAGUUUGAUUUCUCCAUUACCAAAGGAAGACGCGAAGGCCGCAGUUUGAUUUCUUCUCACCAAUAGGGAGACGAGCUGGAGCUCAAGAAGAUGAACAAGAACACUAUUAUCGUUAUCGACGUGAAAAAAUCCAAAUCUGAAAUACAAAUAAGUACCUCAAUCCGAGUCUUUCAUCAUUUUCUCACUCGUACAGCUUGACGACGCGAAUUUUCAAUUUGAAUUUAUGUUGGACGACUGUAGUCCCGAUGUUCC